AUGGCAAGUAAACAAUAUGGACCAUAUGAUAUUAUUCUUGAUUGUGUAGGUGGUACAGCAUCUUAUUUAUUUACUCCUGCAAUGAUUUUACGAUCGCUUAAAUCAAUAAUUGGUUUUGGACCACGUUAUUAUUGUAUUAAUUUAUCAUCGAAAGAAGAAAAUAUAAAUCAAAUGUUUUAUAUGCUUAAUAAAGGCAUUAUUAAACCUGUAAUUGAUUCUGUAUUUCCAUGUAGUAAUGAUGUAAAACAAGCUUAUGAACGUUUAGAUACGAGUCGAGUUAAAGGAAAAGUUGUUAUUGAUUUUGAUAAAUAA